AUGCUUCGUUUUUUUCUCUCGCGUCGAGCACCUCUGAGAUUGGUCGCUCCUCCGACGCUUCGAGCUCGUUCAUUCUCAAAAACUGUUUUUCUAGCUGCAGAUGCUGUAGCAACGCUGAAAGAAGGGUCGCAAGAUGCGGGAAUACGUGGAAAGAAGUCAAAACGUGUGACUCUUGGUAACCCUUUGACGAUCCCCUCUCUUGCGAUUUCAGAAACUGUGGAGGCAGCAACUCUCGGAAAUUCGAUUAUUGCAACCUAUGUGUCGGGAAAAGACCAACCCACCACCAUUGCCGAUUUGAUCGACAAACUUCCUUCCGAACCAGAGGUAUCCAGGACAAUCGUACUUUUCAAAGAAUCAUCUACUGCUAGAGACGUUCUCGCUUUCUUACGGGCCCAAGAUAGGUCCUCGGUCGAGCUUGUUGAUACAGCUCAGGUGUCAGAAGCAGCUCGGAAAGCGGAUGUUGUAUUGAUCUCCGGACUUGAUACUGUCACCUCUGCACUAUCAUGUUACAACCCUUCUGAAUGCAAGUCACUCAUUCUUUGCAACUUUGAGCCCGAUGCAACCCUUCUUAAGGCACUUGGAAAUUUUAAUCAAAGAGCAAGGGUGGACGCCUCGAGAACACAUUAUGUUCCUUCCUCCGAAAGAACGCCCAUCAUCUGCCUACUGGACGUCGAAGAAAAGUUAAACUGGAGCUACGAAAGGGCCGUCUCCUUCACCGAGUGUUACUUUCGAACAUGGCCCUUCCCACCAAAUCUUUCCUUCUUACCUGCCAAUGACGGUGUUAACAAUUUGGAAGACGAUUUCUGGACCUAUAUAACAGACUCUAUCACAUCAUCCAGCAGGACUAUAAUAUACACCACUGACAGUGAUAUGGCUCAAGACGUGUAUGACGGUCUUUACAAGAAAGCCGUCACGGCGAGCAUUAUAAAAUCCAAAGAUGACCUCAUCUACGACCAAAAAAUCAAGGCCUAUAUAAUAUCCGCUGAUUCCACCUUUUUCAGGGAUGACAUUGAUCCCUGCGGGAACAUCAUAAUCUUUCACGCCGCGAAAUCCAUUGAGGACACUGCGUGUGGUAGAAACUUAACGAAGCGGAGUGCUCGAAUCAUGGAAGUGGUCCCUUCAGACGAAAUGAACUUCGUGUCUCUCAGUGGAAUCAAAGCCAUUGUACCCAUAGAAAUUCGAUAUAUCACACCCGACCUUCUAACCAAAGUACAGCGCGGACACGUGCCUUUCCCUGAUGAAAAGGAUCUUCGUUUCGCAAAACGCAUACAGGUAUAUAAUAGCGGUGCUGAGCAGCGUCUCCGUAGUGAGGUUGCAACUAUGUUAAAGGUGAUACCGAAGUUCGCUGCCGCUAUGGCUCCAAACCAAGUGGAAGCUUACGUCUCGGGCGAAAUCUCGUCCAAGACAUCUGUGGCUUUCGGAUCAACAUUCUUUCGCCAGCAACAAAGCUAUGACUCGAGCACUGUGCAAGUAAAAGUGAUUUUAAAGGAAGAUCGUAGCGCCGAAUCCGUUAAAGAACCUCCUCUCGCUGAAGAGGUCGAGGCACCUGCUGCCGAGGAAUUUCUGGAGGAGGAUGAGUACGGGCGGGUUGUUACUGAGCGGCGAGAUCGAUGGGGAAGCUCCGAUAAUCAAGAUAGAUAUCGUAGCAAGAAUUUCGGGGGGUCUCAGAACAGCAGUCGUCGGCCUGAGAGAGGAAGUUGGGACAAGCAGAGGAAGCCAUCUCGUGCCUACGACUCAGACAAUCGUCGACCGCAGAAACAGGGCUGGGAGGAAGGAAGGCAGCGACAAUCCUGGAAUAAUCAGGAGAGACCACCUCGUACGUAUGGCUCUGACAAUCGCCGGCCGCCGAAACAAGACUGGGAAGAAGGAAGGCAGCGGCAACCUUGGAACAAUCAGCAGAGAUCUUCAUCUCGUUCCAAUGCGUCAGAAAAUGGUCGGGGUCAGUCGGGGUGGCGGGAUAACAGAUCGUACAAUGGGAGAGGGUCCAGGUCGGAGGGCACGUCUUGGAAUAAAUCGGAGCGUUGA